AUGUUAUUUCUACAAAGACCCGGCGCAAGGCUACUCACGAGAUCCUUCCGAUGGGAUCAAAAGCCACGGUUCAUACGCUCCCUCUCGACGCUAGAGAAUAAUCCACACAUAGUACCCCCCUCUCCCUGCUCUUUCCCCGUAUAGCAGCCAAUACGGAAGCUAAGAAGCAAGCAGUACAUCUCCCCGGGCCCACCAGACGCAUACAUCUUAACUCUCCUCCAAACCACGCCCCCAAAUCCGCGCCUAUCCCUGGGAACGGCCAGAACUCUCCCACCAACCCCCAACACCUUCCACACAAACCCGCAUUUCCUUACCCUCCUCCACGAAACCCUACGUACCCACGCGCACAACUGUCCCGAGGUACAAGCCUCGGCCAUGACAUACGCAUCCCCGGGGGGCUCAAGCAUAUUCGCCGCGCGCAGGACGCACGGAACGGCGGUGAGUAAAGAUGGGAGUGGAGCUGGCGGGGCGAAUUUGCAGGGCGGGGUGGGAGGUGGGGGGAUGGGGGGAUGGGUGCAUGUUUACGACUUGAGGAAUCCGCCACCAUUCGGGAGGGUGGGUGACCCAGGGGAUAUUAUUGGCAGCGUGGAGGUUGACGGGGAGGGAAGGGUGGUGGAAGGGGGGUAUGAGGCGUGUAUGGCUUAUAGGGUCGUUACUAACGAGGGGAUG